AUGGACGGAUUGGGGCUGCGGCGUCGGCGUCGUUGUCCGGAGGUCUCGGACCAGCAGGGAGACUGCGGGGACGCGAAACGAGCAUGCAGGCGUUUGGAAAUCGCAGCCGGCGAGGACUGUCCGAUGGAGUUUUGGGGCCCGGAGAGCCAGUCACCGCUCCCUGCCUUCAGCCCGGAAUCCACUCCAGGAAAUCUGCCCGAGAAGCCAAACGCGACGAUGUUUCCAAGCCAGGGAAGGCGGCCUGGCCACCCUUGCCUACGCUGCCUCGCCGGAGAAUCCGGUCAUUUUAACCACACCUCCAGCUAGGAGAAGCACGAAGGACGGGGAUGGACGUUUGGACUGUGAUCCGGCCACGACGGUCUACACAGGGAGAGUCCCGAGAGACCGGCACAGUCCUCCUCAGCGCAGCCAGAUGGGAUCUUCCGCAGAUUCGUUCCGUCGCAGACCCACCCUCCGCCUUCAAUUUUAAGACCCCCCAAAAAACAAUUUUCGGGAGACGGUAUUUCCAAUCGUCUCUUCUAGCAGCAGGUAAUAAGUUGGUAAAUCAGGCGUCUUUUUAAUAAGAAUUCCGAGCAGUAUUACAACUUCCUAGAAGACAGUACUGAACUCGUCUGAAAGGCAUUAUAAAUUUCAGCCUCAAAACCGAGAGAAGACAUAUUUUUAUACUCUCAGAGAGUUUUCUAGGAAGCACUGGCGUGUGUACGCCCACGUGUAUAUUUUUAAUAAAA